AAUCAGCAGCUGGCGAGGGGCCGAACAGUGUCGCCUGGCUGCUCACCUCUCUGCUCCUUCCUUCGGCCUUUCCUUCCUUCCCUCCCUCCCUCCAGAGUCCGGAGCAGAGCUGAGAGCAGUCAACCGGGCUGUCGUCGGCAUUGGUGCGGUACGUGCGAGCCCGAGCGGUGCGACGCAGGGGGGGGGGGGGGGGGGGGGGGGGGGGGCAGUGAGAGAGACGACACGCGAGAGCGAAGCCAAGCGAAGGAGGAGCUUCCUGGCGCGCGCGGAUCGCGGAGGCUGUAUAUAUAUAGUCGGAGGGCGCGCGCUCCGGUCCGGUAACGUGCUGCAGGUGGGGGGUGGCGCAGGGCAGGAUUAGGCAGGGCAGCGCCGCGCCGGCCGGACCGCCCGUCCAGGAGCCAGGGACUUUCGGCCAUGGGGGACGGUGGUGCUGACGACGCCUCCUCGCCGCCGCCGCAUGACGGGGGCUUCUCCUACCUCGCCGUCUUCCACAACUACCCCCUCGUCGCCGCCCUGCUCGGCUUCGCCGUCGCGCAGUCCAUCAAGUUCUUCCUCACAUGGUACAAGGAGAACAGGUGGGAUCCCAAGCAGCUUAUCGGCUCUGGUGGCAUGCCAUCAUCACAUUCUGCCACGGUUACAGCACUAGCAGUAGCGAUUGGGUUGCAAGAUGGCUUUAACUGCUCCCUCUUUGCAACAGCAACUAUAUUUGCAAGUGUGGUAAUGUACGAUGCUUCUGGUAUCAGAUUGCAUGCUGGAAAGCAAGCAGCGGUACUGAACCAAAUAGUUUGUGAACUUCCUUCUGAACAUCCCUUGUCUGAAACAAGACCACUGCGAGAACUUUUAGGCCAUACACCAACCCAGGUUGUUGCUGGCGCAUUGCUUGGGUGUACGAUAGCCACAGCAGGACAAUUAUUCGUUUGAACUCCGAAGGUGCAGGAGAAAUGUUGUAGCAUUUGCAUCGCGGGGACUUGAGAAGAAGUUUCUCUAGUGUUCUGCUACUUUAGGUAUUGGUAAGAUUUUCAACUUGGUGCUGUAGUGUUGUCGAAUGUUGUAAGCUCUGAUGGAACGUGAUUAUUUGUCAAGGUGAUGUUCACAGGAUUGUUGUACAGAACAUUUGUUCGAUAAUGUCAUGGUUAUGAUUGAUGAAAUCUAAAAUGUGAUUAGAAUAGUGAUGAUUUGUGACCAAUAGAAAUGGCUCUGAGGUGAGAUUUUAGGAAGACAACGGGCUUGGGAAUGAGACUUUAAAACACCAGUACCUAGGAUUAUAUAGCAUAACAAGAAGAAAAUUCAUAACCAUCGUAGAAGUUUUAUCAACCCCACAACCAAAUAUUUCUUGGCGGAGAUCUGUGAUAGGACCAAGAUUAAUAGCGUGGAACGAAUUGUAUUCAGGUAUCGCGAGGGUCCAGCUAGACCAGGGUGAAGAUGAGUUCACCUGGGGUCUAACUAAGUCAAGAAAAUUAUCAGUUAAGUCGCUCUACCAGGCCUUGAUCAAAAUCAACAUCCCAAAUCAUAAUAAAGUUAUUUGGAAGCUAACCCCCCCUAAAAAUCAAAGUAUCCUUGUGGUAUCUAAAAAGGGGAGUCAUUCUGACAAAGGAUAACUUAGCUUCUAUCACAAAACGAGACGAUCAGGCAUCUUCUUUUUGACUGUCAUUUUGCGAGGCGAGUUUGGGACAUCAUUUUUGUAGCUUUUGGUAUUUCUAAACCUUCUAACAUCCAUAAUAUGUUUGGGAACUGGAUAUGAUGCUUCGGAAAUGACCAUAAAGGUCUAGCUCUACUUGGGACAACAAUUGUAUGUUGGUCUAUCUGGCUAGGUAGAAAUGAGUUAAUUUUUUAAAACAAAAUUUCUUUAUCUUCUUUGCAGGUUAUUUUUACUGUAGCCUAGAGGCUUCACACAUGGGCUGUGCUGCGGAGGUAGAACUGAUGCAAUUUUUUUGGUAAUGGUUACGUAACAUUUGACUCAAGUGACCAAGGAGUUUUUUUCCUUGGAAGCAUGCUUGGCGGUCUAGUCUUCGGAUUGAUAGCCACUAGUGUGUAUCUUUAGAUUCUGCUGGUCUGUGUGGCUCUUGUGGGCAGAGGACGGAAGUGACUUUUAAGGACUGGUAUCACCUCGAUGUACUGUUCUUGAAUAAAUAAAAAUCCUUCCUUUUC